AUGAUAGCAGAAAAGAACUAUAUUCACGUAUAUAUCUUUUUGAAUGGGAAUUGGAUAUUCGUCUAUUCAAUUGUUCAUCAGUUUCAUCGGAACAUUAAAGACAUCAUAUUUAAUAAAGGUCAGAUAUGGAUUCUCCUAAACAGCGGUGAAGUUUAUUUGGGCUCAAUUAUUGGUGGAUCAAUCUCUUCCGCAUUAGCGAUGGCUAAACACUUCCCGUGGAAUCAAGUGACUAUCAAUAGUUCAACGAAAUUAGCUACUGCUAAUUGGGCACAUUUGAUCAAUGUUAAAGCUUCUCGCAUUGUGUUGGACAGACAAAGAUCUCAGCUUUAUUUCCUUAAUCCAAGCACUAAAUGGAUUUAUAGGUGGAUACCUAGCUCUUCGCAAAGUGAUAUCUAUGGUAACAGUUUCGAAAAUGUUAUACAUGGUUACUCAGCUUUGGUCCAACAAUCAUCUGUGAUCGACUUCGUAGUAGACUCAGCGAGAAAUUCCAUUGUAUGGAUCGGUUCAUAUCCAAAUAAUUUGGCAGCAAUCUUUAUGAAGCCACUAGAUGACGAUAGAGAAAUAGUGCUGAUUCGAAGUAUUAACUGUACAACUGACAUUAAAAUAAAAUUUCUUAUCCAAGACUCUGAGCGCCCUGAUUAUUUUUAUUUCUCAACCGAAAGUACACACCUCAGCCAAAACGAUUCACUACAAGUGGAAAAUAUGACGUCGUAUUUGAACACUUUCAAAAUAGAAAAAAAUCCAGCUGCAUCUUUCAAAAUUGAUAGUAUAAACUCAGCUGUGUGUGAUACAGGUACAUCUUGGUUUAUGGAGUCAAAACCAUCUGUACUUGGAGUAGCAGAUGUUUCCAUCCAGCUUCUUGCCAACCACCGAUUAAUUUGGUCGUCAUUAAGAUGGAAUACAAGCUUCAAGUUGUUUGGUGAGGAUAAAUAUUCGCACAACGAUGUAGACGCAUACAGUUUGGAACUCAGACUGAAGCAUGAAUCACUACUCAAUCCAGUGUUUUCGCUUUACGCUUCCUAUGAUUUUGAACUUCAUCAAUCAGCCAUAGAUUUUUUAAUAUGUUGGUCAUCAAACUCUUCAACAAAACGAUUGAUAGGAACGUUUAUAAAUGGAACUUUAAUAGCCGGAAGGUAUGAAAUAAAAACCAAAUUGAAAGUGAUUAAUUCCAUGACCAAUAGAGUUUGUGCAGUACAAAGUUUUCACCGUUCAAAUGAUGUGAUCCAAAAAUACAUUAGUACUCCUUCAAUACUUAGACCAGACUUAUGCUUGUGCAUUGAUCUACUUGGAAAAACAAUAUGUAGUUGCAUGUUGGACGACAGACUGCUUGAUCUCUGCUGGGUGAAUCGGAAAACAGACAUCAUGCAAGCAAUACUGAAGGUAAUAUUUUCAUGGAAAGAGGAUUUUGCAGAUUCAACAGGCAAAGUUGUUAGAAAUGAAGAAAUUCAUAAUACAUCAUUCGUUACAGUGCCUGGACUAUCGAUUUAUUCUAGGGAUUUUAUGUUCAGAGUUUAUUUAGUUGCUGACGAUGACUGCAAAAUAUCUUCUGACACGGUGACCUCAAAUCUCAAACUUUACUACGAAAAAAUGACAAAGUCAAGUCCGUUAACCAGUGGAAACAAAAUGAUUCAAAAAAGACAUUUAUUAAAUACAGAAAAAACUUGCAGUGAAAUUGUUGAAAAGCCAUUUGUUGCUAAGUUGUUAUUUUUAACACCAAUCUUCAUUUACUGA